UUGUGUUGUAAAUCAAUGAUAAAAACAAUGAUUUUUGAAUUUCGUAUAAACAUUGCGUAAGACAUUCAAUCAAUUCAAUUGAAUUGACUAUUGAUUUGAUCACAUGUUUGCCAUUACUUGAGAGAUAAGAUAAUUGCGGUUUUAGUACACUUUUCAUACUAAAUAUUAUCACCAAUUAAUUGAUCCACAAGUCAUCCGAAGUGACCAAUUAUGAGCAGCGAAAUGCUCGAAGAAGUGGCCGACAUUGGUGUCCAAGCCAAAGGCUUGAAGAAUAUUCAUUUUACGAAUUGGUCGCAAACCUAUUCAUGUCAACCAAGUCUUUACUUCAUUCCCAAAGAUAUCGAAGAAUUAAGAGAAAUCAUAUUUUAUGCCAAAAGCACGAACAAGAAGUUACGUGUCGUUGGUUGCGGUCACUCGCCAUCAGAUAUCUGUUGUACGGAUGACUAUAUGAUUAACUUAAGACUGUUUAACAAUGUUUUGAGCAUUAAUUGUGACACAAAUACCGUCAAAGUUGAGGCCGGAAUCACAUUAACUGAAUUGAAUUCAUAUCUCGAUACCCAUAAACUGGCACUUCCUGUUUUGGGUUCAGUGUCUGAUAUAACAAUCGGUGGUGUCAUCAGUACUGGAACACAUGGAACUGGUGCUAAAUUUGGUGUUUUGGCUGAAUAUGUGUUAGACUUAGAGUUAAUCAAUACAUCGGGUGACACAAUAAAGUGUUCAAGAAAUGAAAACAGUGAUGUCUUUUUGUCAGCACUGUGUGGUUUGGGUGCUAUUGGUAUUAUCGUACGCUUAACCAUACAGUGUGAACCGGCAUUCCUUCUCUACGAGUACACCUAUCCGUCCACUUUGGAUGAAAUACUUCCAGAUCUGGACGAUGAGGUCAACGGUUGUGAUCACUUUCGGAUGCUAUGGUUUCCGCACACAAACUUAGUUUCAGUUUGUAAUAAUAACAGAAUUUAUAAUAAAGAGAUCACCAAAUAUUCUCAGUCACAGAAAGUUGUCAAUUGGUUCUGCAAUUAUGCCAUUGGUUACUAUACACUUGAGUUUGCCUAUUGGCUCAGCACUUAUUGUCAGCCAUUAGUUCCUUAUAUCAACAGAUUAUGGUUUUGGUUGCAGUAUUCACGACCAAAGGAAAGGAUUGAUUUAAGUAAUAAAGUUUUCAAUUUUGAAUGUCUUUUUAAACAACACGUAAAUGAGUGGUCGAUUCCGAGAGAGAAAACCGCAAAGGUUUUAUUAGAUUUGAAGCACUGGAUCGAUACGACACCAAAUAUUUACGUACACUUUCCCGUUGAGAUACGUUUUGUUAAAGAGGAUGAUAUAUAUUUGAGUCCAGCAUUUGGUCGCGACUCGACAUUCAUAAACAUUAUUAUGUAUAGACCUUAUGGUAAGGAUGUCUCUCAUACACAAUAUUGGGAUUCCUAUGAAAAGCUCAUGAAAGAGGCCGGCGGUCGACCUCAUUGGGCAAAGGCUCAUCGAGAAAAGGCCUCGGAUUUUGUGAAAAUGUAUCCAUAUUUCAGGGCCUGGACUCAGGUCAGGAAGCGUUUGGAUCCAAUAAACUUAUUGAUUAACUCUUAUUUAAAUCGUGUACUUAUGGACUCAUGAGUUUGAAAUAUAUACUUACCGUAAUUAGUCAAUAAUUGAUAUCAUUGUA